AUGGACUUCUCCAACGCCCAGGAAGCCGCCGAGUCCGUGUCUGGCGCGUUCUUCCGCAAUGCCACGGCGGCACGCGUGGACACGGACGCCGUCAUUUUCGACACCGUCUCCAACGCGCACCCGGGCGUGCCCAUCACCACGGUGCCGGAAUGGAGCUGUAACCUGAGAGCCUACGCCGCGGCGGGCCACGCGACGGUCGAGGCGCUCGAGCAGAGCCGGAUCGACCCCAAGAUCUGGCCGGAGUCGCUGCGCUGGACCAUCUUCAUCCCGCCGGCGCGGCGCAUGGACGGCGGCAGCGGCGUCGUCGCCGACGAAGUCUUUUUCGAAAGCUACCUCUACAAGUGGGACGGGCUGACUUUCCUCGUCUACUUCGCCGACGGGCGCGACGGGACCAUGUCCUACCCGCAGGUCCGCAACCAGUAUAUUCUGGGCGACAAGGCCGCGGCGCGGACCCUGGUCGCUACCAUCGGCCGGUGGCAGUCGGUGCUACACGACGAGGUCUGGGUCUUCAACCAGGGCUACUGGCGCAAGGAUCCCCUUUUGUACCGCAGCAUCCUGAAGUCGCGCUGGGAGGACGUCAUCCUCGACCGCGAGUUCAAACGGGACCUGGUCGACACGGUGCAGCGCUUCUUCGACUCGCGCGAGGAGUACACCCACUUGGGCGUGCCCUGGAAACGUGGCGUCAUCUUCUACGGACCGCCCGGGAAUGGCAAGACCAUCUCGAUCAAGGCCACCAUGCACACGCUGUACAGCCGCGAGCCGGCCGUGCCGACGCUGUAUGUCAAGUCGCUGGUGGGCUUCGCCCCGCCAGAGUACAGCAUCGAGGCCAUCUUCCAAAAGGCCCGGCAGGAAGCCCCCUGCUACCUGGUCUUCGAGGACCUCGACAGCCUCGUCACCGACCAGGUGCGUAGCUUCUUCCUCAACGCCGUCGACGGCCUCUCCCAGAACGACGGCAUCUUCAUGGUCGGCAGCACGAACCACCUCGACCGCCUGGACCCGGGCAUCGCCAAGCGUCCCUCCCGCUUCGACAGGAAGUAUCUCUUCGACAACCCCAACCUGGCCCAGCGCGUCAAGUACUGCCACUUUUGGCAGAAGAAGCUGCGCGACAACAAGGACCUCGAGUUCCCCGACGAGAUUUGCACCGCAGCCGCGAAGAUCACCGCCGACUUUUCCUUUGCGUACAUCCAGGAGGCGUUUAUAUCGGCUCUCUUGGAGAUUGCGCGCGAGAAAGACGGCGAUGAUCACUCGGGAGAGGACGGGGUGGUGGUAUCUUCAUCAUCUGCAAGGGACGAUGCGUUGGCAGAGGACCUGCGGGAGCAGUGGGAGCUGUUGGACAUUGGCGGCAAAGGCCCCCGCGACGACAUAUCGCCCACCAAAGAUUUGGAUGACUAUAUCCUGUGGAGAAAGUUGAAGCAUCAGAUUGACCUGUUGAGGAAGCAGAUUUCAAAGAAAGCACCCGCCGGCGCCGGUGAGGAGUGA